AUGGAGCAGGCUGAAGAAGAGGUCGACUACAAUCUCUUUGGCACAGAUUCAUUGACACGAAAGAAAAAGCCUUUGGGAGGUCUCCGUAAUGAUACCCUCCGAAAACGAGUUCAGCUCAGCAUUAGUAUUCCUCAAGACUUCAGGCCUGUUUCUUCAAUCAUUGAUGUAGAUAUUCUGCCUGAAACUCACCGGAGAGUCCGAUUAUACAAGCAUGGAUGUGAAAAACCUUUGGGGUUCUACAUUCGAGAUGGCACAAGUGUGAGGGUGACAGCUCAUGGACUAGAAAAAGUUCCAGGUAUCUUCAUCUCACGGCUUGUACCUGGUGGUUUAGCUGAAAGUACAGGCCUCCUUGCUGUUAAUGAUGAAGUCCUCGAGGUGAACGGGAUUGAGGUGAUGGGUAAAACACUUGAUCAAGUUACAGACAUGAUGAUUGCCAAUAGUCACAACCUUAUUAUUACAGUAAAGCCAGUGAACCAGAGGAACAAUGUCAACCGCAGCAGUCGUAUGUCUGGUAGCUCUGGCCAUUCCAAUGACAGUACAACCAGUCAUCAUAGUCUGCCCUCUGCCCAUAUGGUGCAGAACUAUAAUCCUGAAGAUGAAAGUGAUGAGGAGGCUGACAUUAUUAUUGAAGGCUGUAGUGAACCACAGAGCAUUCUGUUUAAAUCACCAUCUUCCUCGUUCACCAGUUCUCGAAAUAACCUGAGUCAGAGACGGCAGAAGGAGCUGCCACUCAAUGGCUCCAUUAGAAAAAGUAAUGGAAGUAUACUUAAAACAUUGAGUGCAAUCAAAGCUGAGGCAAGACAUAGCCUAGCUUUCAGUAGAGGAGGCAUUGAAGAGGAUGGAACAGUGAUUACACUUUGAAAUUUUGGUCUGGAUUGAUGUAAAGUGCCAGCGGAGAAUCACGAACAAUAGAGAUGUGUUUUUUUUUCAAUUGCAAACAUAUUUUUGGGAACAUUUCCCUUGUUUACUGGAAUUCAGUACCUUGCAGGAUGUUCUUUUGAUUGCCUUCAAUGUUGAGGCUAAAACUAUGAUUCAGAUAUAGUUAGUAAGUGGAUGUAAACAUAGAAGCUUAUUUUACAUGAUAGGAAAGCCUUUAAUAAACUGUGUAUCAAAAGUAUGACACCAGAUUAUCUUUAAACAAAAUCAUGGAGAUAUCCUGUGAGCAAAAAUGAUUGUGUUGUGUAGCACCACUUGCUUGGAUGUAUUUGUUGCAAUAAUUAUGGAAGACAAAUUUACUUAUCUUAGAUUCUCCAAGUAUCAGCCUGGUCCAGGACUUUGCAGCUGUUUAUCCAUGCAUAACCAAUGAAUUCUAGAUUGUUUAAAAUAAUUUUAAAUAGAUGAUGUAACACUAGAAACUAAGAAUUGGGGAAUUAUCUACUUUAGUUUAGAAUUUGCCAACAAUGUCCAAUCCCAUAUGCAAUCUCCCAUGUUUUAUGUUUGUAUGUUUUAUUGUUUGAAUAUGUUUGGAAUUUAGAUGCUGAAGGUAUGAGAAUACAUUUACAAUAUAUCUUUAGAAAAAUCCUUUGGAGCUGAAAAUAAUAUUGCUUUAUCAGCAAAUUAGAAACCAUGGUCUUUGGCAGUUGGUGACAAUUAAUAGGUAUUUAAAAGUAAUGUACACAAUGGUAGUAAUGCAAACAAAAUAACUGAAAUUUAUAGCACAGUUGAAGACCAUUUGUCCCAUCCAGCCCGAAUUCUACUAUCUAACUCUUGAUCUAUAAACCUUAGAGAUUUCAGUGAUUGAACUGCAUAUCCAAGUAUUUUUUAAAUGUUAUGUCCUCAAACCACCUUUUUCAGAUCCUUCCUGAUCAAUCUCUUAAUGAAAUCAUUUCUCUUCAAUUUUUUUUGGAAUAACUCAUGAGACAUGGGCAUUGCUGGCUGGACCAGCAUUUAGUGCCUGUCCCUAGUUGCCCAUGAGAAGAAGGUGGUGAGCUGCCUCCUUGAAGUUCUUGUGCCUUUAAAGAAUUCUGUCUAAACCUCCCGUCUCAUAAUAUAUCUAACCCUCCCCAGAAUAUGGACUUGUCAACAAAAGGGAAUAGGUCUUUCCUAACCACUCUAUCCAGGUUCUUCAUAAUUUUAUACUCUGUAAUUAGGUCUCUCUUCGGCCUCCUCUUUUCCAAAGGAAACAACUCUCUCCAAUCCAAUCUUUCCUUAUAACUAAAAUUCUCCAAACCAGGCAAUAUUCUUGUGUAUUUUGUUUAUACCCUUUCGAAUGCAAUCGUAUCUUUCUUCUGAUGUGGUGUCAAGAACGGCACGAAGUACCCCAGCUGUUGCUUAAACCUGCAUUUUGUACUGUUACUGUAUGGCCUCUCAGUUGAUCACCUUGUCUACCUGUCCAGCCACCUUCAGAGAUCUGUGGAUAUGCUGUCAUAAAUUCCGCUGCUCCUCUAUACUUCAACAACAACAAGUAUUUAUUCUUGUCGGUAUCUUGGCAUUUAUUGUAAAUUCCUUCGCCUUAUCUUCCAGGUGCAUUACCUUAAUUCUCUGAAUGGAAUUCAGUUCGUCCCUAUUCUGCCCGACUGACCAUUCCAUUGAUAUUUCAGCCUAUUGCAGAGCUUCCCAAAGUGGGAGUCAGGAUCCCCAGUGGUGUCAUUAGCUGACAUCAACACUUGAGUUCUGAGGCAGUAAUGGCCACUGUGGUGCUUGGACCAAGUUGUAAUAGCUGUGCUUCUUCUUGAACACGUCUCUGUGCCUUCAAUUAUUACUGAGGGAUGGCACCAGUUUUCAAAGGGGUCACAAUGGGUAAAAAGUUUGGAAAGUACUGAGUUACAAUCUCAUUAUCAACCCAGACUUAUUACAAACCGUUUUUUGGAUCAUCAGGAAGCACGUUAAUCAAGUGCUACAUUUAAGUCUUAAAUCAUUGUUAUAAAGUAUGAACACCAAAAGAUUCGGUGCUGAGUCAUACGGAACUCAGUGGAAGCAGUGUUCAGUUUCUCAAAUAUGAACCAACUCAAUACUCUUUUCUUCCUGACUCUAAGCCAGUUUUGAAUCCAAUUUACCACUUUCCCAUGAAUCCCAUAUGCUUUUGUUGUCUGCUAGUGCCACCUUAUCAAAAACCUUACUAAAAUCCAAACAGGUUGCAUCAAAUGGCUACCCUAACUAAUCCUUCUUGUUGCCUUCUCAAAAAAUUCAAUCAUGUUAGUCAGAAAUGACCUUUCCUUCAAAAAUAUCUUUAAUUUUGUCUUUCCAAACUAAUUUAUCCUGUUCCUCAGAAUUUUUCCAAUCGGUUUCCCACCACCAAGGUUAGGCUGAUUGACCUGUAAUAAUUCAGUUGAGCCUUUCUCCCUUUUUAUACAGUGGUACAACAUUAUCGGUCUCCUGGCACCACACUUGUAGCCAGAGAGGACUAGAAAUUGAAGGCAUCAGUCUCUACUAUAUCUUGUCUGGUUUCCAUAGCAGCCAAGGAUACAUUACAUCUGGAUUGAUGUAUCAGUCACAAUGUUAACAUCAUUUAAUACUUGACACUCCUCCUCUCUGACUGCAUUGUGUGUGUCAUCCCUUUCUUUUGUGAAACGGAUGCAAAAUAUUGAUUAAGAAUAAUACUAAUAUAAUUUCUUCUUUCUUAAGAGAACGUACUAACUCUGAAUCUCACAUUUUUCUUAGUCGUCUUAUCUAACACCUUUCAAGUAAUUGUUUUCAUUCCAAUUUAACUAAAUCAGUGUACAGUAAAAUUAGCUUUAUGAAUAAGGAAAUUUUAUUCCUGAUCUUCCUUUAUUCUUUUCUGUGAUUAUCCUAAUUCUAACUGAUUUGCUCUCUGUUUUACUGAUAUGCCCCCCAAUUCAUACUCCUGCUAUCUGACCAGUUUCAUUCUGUAAGACUAAGUCCAUAAACUCUCCCUCUCGCUUGCUACAUGCAGCAAGUUCUUCUGAAAUAGUUCUGAAUACAUUUUUAAAAAAUCUUCACAAUAAUUCUAUCCUAGUUAAUAUUGAAAAGUUGAAAUCUUCUAUUAUUACUUUUGUUAUUUGCAAUUCUCAGAUUUGCCUACAUAUUUACAAUUCUGUCUCCCUCUCGAAUGUUUGCUGGUCUGGAGUGCACUCCCAUAGUGUGAUGUAUUUUCAUUCAGCCCAUAUGCCCUCAUUUGAUGAUCCUUUUACCAUAUUCUUCUCUCAGUUAGUUAUUUCUUGAGUCAAUUUUACAACAUCCUCCUCUUAAGCCUCCUCUAUAUUUUAUCUGAAAACUGUAACCAGGAAUGUUGAGCUGCCACUCCUGUCUCUCUUUUAGCCAUGUCUUAAUAAUAGCUAUGAUAUCAUAUUCCUACAUUUAAAUACGUGCUCUCAUCUCAUCUGCCUUACUCUUUGGACAUCUUGCAUUGAAAUACAUCUACAUUUAGUAUAGUCAAACUGCUUUGCAGCCUAUUUUCUAGACUUGGUUUACUUCGCCUUCCAAACAUGCAUACAAAUCUUCUGCCUUCCAUUCCCAGCUUUUAUUCUCUCCUUUCUGAAUCUGCUGUUGGGUUCUCAUCUCUCCGGUAAAUUGGUUCAAUCCCUUCCCAGCAUCACUAAUAAAAUCUCCAGUGAGAAUAUUAUUCCCAGCAUUGUUGACAUGCAAUCAGUCAGACUUCUACAGGCCCUACUCCAUCGCCCCAGAAAUCUAAAGUUGUCCCUCCUGCACCAGUUCUCUAGCCAUGUAUUCUCUAUCUUAUUUCUGUAGUCACCAGCGCAUGGUCCCUGGAGUAAAUUGGAGAUUACUAUCUUUUGAGGUCCUAUUUUCAGUUUAUCUUCCAGAAUCUAAACUCUACUUCCAAGACACACUUUUUUCUACUUUGUACCUAAAAUUUGUACCUAUGUACCUUUGUAUCUAAGAUUGCGCCAGGAAUGGUGACUUUGUACAUUUUUCACUGUCCUCCAGUAUAGUUGUACUUGAGUACACGUGACAAUAAAAUCUAAUUCACCAAUUUUUUUUCUGUCUGUCUCAUUUGUGCCAAUUUGGACCGGGACCUGUGGCUGUUCACUUGGACCAUUCAGCAGCUGCAAUAUGACACCCUUGGCCCUGGCAGCAGGGAAGUAACAUGCCUUCCAAAAAUGACACUAGCAACCACAAGAGUGCAGAUCUGUUCAUCUCCUUAUAAAAUUUGCGACCACUUUUACUCCCCUUCUCCUUCUCUUACCCCAGUGCAGCUGAAUCAUCUGGGGUAUUGGUUGUUCCUGCACUUCACAGAUGAACCUUUACCCUUAAUCUCAACAGUCUAAGAUUCCUGCCCUGUCCCCAUUAUCCUUCUGGAAGUCAUCUAUUCCCUCUCUUCGUGCACCUCUUUAAGCUAUAGUGUGACCACCACAUCCGGCAAUAUGCUUUCCAAACAGCUCUAAGCCUCAUAAUCCCUCACAUUGACUCCAGCUGCUGGUCAAGCUUCAAAACUUGGAGCUUGAGCUGCUGUAGCUGGUCAUUCAGGAAUUCAGACUUUCUGCCAUGCCUUUACUUAGAUUAUUGCCCAGAAAGACUUAGUAGCUGCCCAUCAAAUUGACUCAUUCCUUGGUGGGGAUGCCACCAAAUCAUAAUGUAGUGGCAAUAUUAUAAAUAGCAAUUACAAAGCAUGAGCAGUUUGUAUUUUUCAUCUGAGUUUACACUAAACUGAGGAUAAUUUUAAAAGUCUCUAACUUUGGCUGAAUGGCACACUGUGCUAUGCUAUUUAUAGGGUACACGUUACCAAGUUUGUAUGCAAGAUGUAUUCUUGUUUCAGGUCUGUAUUGGAUUGGCUAUCCUGCAUCUAUUUGUGCAUCAAAUACAGAUUGUGAAAUCAACAUACUGUUCCCUGUACUUGAAAAAUUGUGAUCUUUGGAUUAGUAUUUCAUUCAUACUUAACUUUAUUUUCAGUUUCCUUGUGACUUUGGGAUGAAUUUGCAGUACCUGUCCCUUUUUUCCACAUUCAAAUUGCCGCAUUAGUGAGCGUACAAGCUUGUAAUAGUUGGGCAAAUAAUGAUUUUGUAUUAUUUUGUAAAUUAAUGAUUGUGAAGUACUAUUACGUUCUGCACCAAAGAAAUAACUUUAUUUUAAUAUGUUAAUCAGUGACUUUUAUUACAAAGUUUAAACAGUUUUGCAUAAUUUUCAACACUGCUUUCAGACAACCUGUUUGAGAUUUUAUUUAUACUUCUAGCUUUAAAGAUAAAAAUUCUGCCCUCUUUGUACCCAGGUUCCAAGAAUCUGCAUCAGCUAUGUUUCAGGAGAUUUAUGUGCCUGCUGCAUGAGACUAUUUUCAUGAUCACAUUGCGCCACUGGUCAAGAACUUUCAAUGAUGCUCACACUUUGCUGUCCUUUGUACUCAAUCUAACUUGCUUGGAUUUUACUUCUGUCCAACAAAUCCUACUAUAUUUGCCUUUAUUAUAAGGUAUCUCUGCAAAUAUGGGUCCAAAAUACAUUUGUCAGUUCUUCUGUUGUCUCUGACAAUGUUCUUUUGCCAUAAUUAUUUAUUAGAGCCUAAAUAAAAUAUCUCCAGCACUCUUUAUUUGUUCAUCUCUUAGUGCCUGCCUGUGUUCUUUGCUGUUUUUAAUGCGCUUUUAAAAGUGUUUGCUGUAGUCCAUUGCUGUUAUUUCAAGGUAUCUCUGAUAGCUGGAAGUUCCCAACUAUUCCUGUAAACUUUUGAGAUACCAACAAAAUGCUUGUAACUUUAUUUCUGAUUAUUUGAUGGUCUUUAAUUUGACAUCAUGAUCUUCCAUCACACUCCUGAUUGUGUUUUGUAGAUGGUGAACAAACUUGGGGAGUCAGGAAAAAGAGGUAUUUGCUGCAGGAUUCCUACUCUGACCCGCUCUUGUAGCGGGUCUCUGGAACAGUAUGCGUUUAAAAAAUGAAUAGACUGAAAGCUGAACAUGAAUAGGUCAGAUAGCUAAUAUCACUAGUAGACAAAAUGCUAAGAACUAUUAUUGAGGACAUGGUAACAGGGGAAAGGGGAAACAUGAUGGGGGAUCCAUUGCAGUGGAUGUAAUGUCAAAAAGCAUUCAGUAAGGGGUGAAAUGAGGUUUUUAGUAUGAAACAAAAUUAGGACGACUCCUUGGGAUGUGGGAAAUGUGAAAAUUCAAAUUGGGAGCAGGAGUAGUGUUUCAGGUUUUCUAGUCUGUUCCACCAUUUAUGAAGAUUAUGGCUGAUUUGAUUGUAGCCUGACUCCGAAUUCCCAGAUUAAGUUUGACUCUUUUGUUAGUCUCGCCCUGCCUUUAGAGUAUUGAAUAACCUGAUUUCUACUACACUCUUAGGGAAAAGAAAAAGAAUUCCAAAGACCCUCCAGGCGGAAAAUUCUUCCUCACCUCCCAUCUUGAAUGGGAGACCCCUUAUUUUUAAACUCUAGUCACCUAUUUCUGGACUCUUCCUCAAUGGGAAACAUGGUUUCAACAUUGAUCCCUUAAAAUUCACUCAGGAUUUUUUUGUUUCAGUUACAUCUUUCCUAAAUGUUAAAUGUUCUAAACUUAAAUGUGUACAGGCCCUAUUUUUAUUUUUUAAAAAGUCAGAAUUAACAGGGCAUUUUUAAGUUUGGCAUUUGUCCGUUUGGCAGUUUAUAACCAGCAGGGUACUGCAGCUGUUUAGUCUUCAUUAUUGGCUUAGAUGAAGGGACUGAGUGUAAUAUAUGAGAAGAAGCAGUGCAUUGUAUGCAGAGUGACUGCAGAAGGAUAGAGACAGGUUCUAUGAGUGGUAAAAACAUGAUAGAUGGAAUUCAGUGUUAUAAAUGUCAUAAAAUAAGAGGCUAAGUGUGAAGUUCGACAACUUGGGUAGUGAAUUGAAUAAUGAAAGACAGGAAAAUGUUUACAUUCACACAUCUAGAUAUGUCUUGUACAUGAUUGCAAAGUUAAAAAUAUAGCGAAUAAUUAGCAAGGCAAAUGGUCAACUUUCAUUAUAUGGAAUUGAAGAAUAUUAGCAAUUACAUCUAACUACAGUUCUACAGGGCCAUUUUAAACCUUACAGUAUUAAUGUUCAGAAAUCUAUUUUCCCAAGAAGGAGUGCAGUGAAGGUUCACUACAUUCAUUUCUACAAUGAGGAUUGUCAUUGAGGAGAGAUUGUGUAGGCUAGGCUUAUAUUUCCAGAGUUUAAAAGAAUGAAAGAUGAUCUAAUUGAAGUAUAUAUAAUUCUUAAGCGACAGGAUGAAUGCUAGAAAAUGUCUGUUUGACAAUUCUAGAAUUGGGAGUCAGUCUCAGAAUAAAGCAACAACAAUUGAUGACAGAGAUGAGAAAUAUCACUCAAAAGAAGGGCUUUGAAUAUCUAGAAUUCUGUACCAUUCUCCGAGAGCCGUGGAUAGUCUAUGUUGAGUAUAUUUAAGUCAGAGGUAGGCAGAUGUUUUGAGUCAUCAGAAAAGACGAUGGAUAUAGGGAUUGUACAAGAAGGUUGAGGAGUGGUACAUCAGCAUAGCAUUUGUUGAAUUGUAGAUUGGCUCACAAGGCCUGCUAGAGGUAUUUGUGUUAUAAAUCAUUCUUCCUGUUUCCUCUGUACCCAGCACCGUCUAUGCCAGUCCUAACACUGCUUUUUCCGCCCAUCUUAGUCAAGCUUUUGAUUACCCCUAAUAUCUUGCCCCUUGGUUGAACAUGCUUUAUCAAUUGCACUUCUGUUAAAAACUUUUUCUUGGAAGAGGUACAAGUGUAAAUUAUUAUGGUAAUUAUUAUUAAAAUUCCAUCACUAAUUUCCACGAUCA